AUGGUGGGCAGCCUUAGCCUGAGCAAGCAGCAUAACGGCGUCAGCCACUCGGUGGCGUUCCUCCUUGGGGCUCUCCUCCCCACCUUGCUGCUCUUCUUUCUCGCCUCCGACCGGCUCGGCGAGAAGCUGGCAAGCAUCUCGAGCUUGGGGAAUGGAUCAGCUCAUCAGCAAAUGAGCCAUGCAAACAUCUCCGGCGACGGCACGGAGGACAGAUUCCCUGGGCUGGCGGAGCUGCUGCCGAAGGUUGCGACGGACGACGGCACGGUGAUCAUCACGUCGGUGAACGAGGCGUGGGCGGCGCCGGGCUCCCUCCUCGACCUCUUCCGCGAGGGCUUCAAGAACGGCGAGGGCACCGCACACCUCCUCAACCACACCCUCAUCGUCGCGGUGGACGCCGGCGCCAUGGCACGCUGCCAGGCCGUGCACCCGCACUGCUACCUCCUCGAGGUCAAGUCGGCCGACGUCACCUCGGCCAACCGCUUCAUGACCAAGAGCUACCUCGAGCUCGUCUGGGCCAAGCUUUCCCUCCAGCAGCGCGUCCUUGAGCUUGGCUACAACUAUCUCUUCACCGAUGUGGAUAUCAUGUGGCUGCGCAACCCGUUCCGGCACAUCAACCUCUACGCCGACAUGGCCGUCUCCACCGACCGUUUCAACGGCAAAGCCGAGGACCUGACCAACGCGCCCAACACCGGCUUCUACUACGUAAAGUCGACGAACCGGACGGUCGAGAUGCUGAGGCGAUGGCGGGCGGCGAGGUCGCGGUUCCCUCCGACCCACGACCAGGCUGUCUUCAACGAGAUCAAGGGCGAGCUCGCCGCCGGCGAGCUACAGAUCAAGUUCGUGUUCCUCGAGACGACGCUCUUCGACGGUUUCUGCCAGUUCCACGGCGAGAUGGACAGGGUCUGCACCAUGCACGCCAACUGCUGCAUCGGGCUCGAGAACAAGGUGCACGACCUCAGGAACGUGGCCGCCGUAUGGAAGAACUACACGAGCCAGCCACCGUCGGAGAAGAUGAGCGGCAAUUUUAGGUGGCCGGUACCCGCCAAGUGCGAAGCUUCGAUGAGAUCAUGA